AUGGCCUCCCACAGCGAGCCAGCAGAGAAGGCGGCGGCGGCACCCGAGGCGCUGCAGGAGCAGAACGGCGGCGAGAACACUACGCAGCCGAAGGAGGACGCCGUUGUGCAGGAGGCGGCAGACAUAGGCAGCGGAGUGACGGACGCCUUGCUCGAGCACUCGGACACGGUGCAGCACCAGCUCUACGCCCAGCGGGGCCGCGUCGCCAUGGCGCUCGCUCGCAUCAGCGCCUCGAAGAGCUUCAGCUGCCAUGAGGAGAUGGAGCGGGCUCACGCGACGGUGCUGCUCAAGAUGCAGAUCGAAGAGCUCGCGGCGGCAACCGACAAGGCCUUUCCCGUGCUGGACUACGCGAUGUACCAGUGCGACGAGCUGGGGGACUUCUACAGCAAGUGGACGCACAGUGGCCACGGCUGGGGCUGCGACGAGGUCGCGAAGGACGGGGCGCCCACCAUGGGCGGCGGGGCAGCGGCCGAGACCGUCAUCAGCAUCCAGCCUCAAAGGCCGCCGCGUAGGUUCCCCGGCCCAGCGGUCAAGGGAGGGACCACGCACGGAGUAAAGAUCGUGAAGCCACCUCUGCAGGAGCAGCCGCCCCUGCAGGACAUGGCGCAGCAGCCGCCCCCGACGCAGCGCCCCAGCAGCAGCGACGUCAGAACGUACGACCAGGAGGCAGCACGCGCUGCGGGGUGGGGAGUCGGCAUCGGCGGCCCUAGCACCAGCACGCAGAACACAGAGGGGGUCGAAGCGUGA